AUGCAGGACCAAUUUCUCCAGGGUCUAUCCAAGGCCGCUCAGGGGCCGUGGGAGUCGGGCGUCCUUCCAACCGCAAACAAUCUUGCUCGAGCAAGAGCUUCUCUUCCCACGGCCCUUUCGAACCACGGUGCUGAGGUUGAAACAGUCAAGCGACAUAUUACGGAAGAUCUUGUCCCCGCGUUCAAUGGAGGCAGCAUCAGCUCCAAUUACUACGGCUUCAUUACAGGUGGGGUCACUCCGGCCGCGCUCUUCGCGGACAACGUAGUGUCCGCCUACGAUCAGAAUGUCCAGGUGCACCUGUCAAGUCAUUCAAUUGCCACUGAGGUCGAGUUCAACGCGCUCGGCCUCCUGACGGAUCUUUUGCGCCUAGAUCGUCCUACAUGGCAAAAUGGGACGUUCACCACGGGCGCCACGGCAAGCAAUCUUCUCGGCCUAGCCUGCGGGCGCGAAUUUGUUCUUCGGAAGGCCGCUGAGAAAAAAGGGAGUACCAUUCAAAGCGUUGGAGAAAAUGGCUUGUUUGAAGCGUUGCAGGCUUCGGGCCUCUCCGGGGUGCAGGUGCUAACGACGCUACCCCAUUCAUCACUCGUCAAAACCGCCAGCAUACUAGGUAUUGGUCGUGCCAAUGUACGCAAUACCUGUCGCAGAGAUGAUCCACUCCGGUUUGAUCUUGAGCAGCUAGAGAAGGAGCUAGCAAAAGGAGACAAGGCUAGCAUCGUUGCUAUAUCAUGCGGAGAAGUCAACACUGGCCGCUUUGCGACAGCAAAUGGGGACGAGGUGCGAUCGAUCCGCGAGCUUUGUGACAAAUACAGCGCGUGGCUGCAUGUCGACGGCGCCUUUGGAAUUUUUGGCCGCGCCCUGGACGACAGCUCGGAAUUCCAAACGAUCAAGAAGGGGUGCGAGGGCAUGGAGUUGGUGGAUUCGAUUACUGGCGACGGCCACAAGCUGCUUAAUGUGCCCUACGACUGUGGCUUUUUCUUCUGUCGACACCCUGACUUGGCCGUUCAUGUCUUCCAGAAUGCAAAUGCCGCCUACUUGACUGUCGCGAGUUCGGAUAGUCCUACUAUUCCAUCACCGCUGAAUAUUGGAAUUGAGAAUUCGCGCCGGUUCAGAGCGUUACCGGUCUAUGCAUCGCUUCUGUCGUACGGCAGAGUUGGAUAUCGGGAUAUGCUGCAGCGUCAAAUCAGGCUCACCCGGAUGAUCUAUGGGUGGAUCUUCGACCACCCCGCUUACACGGCUUUACCAGCAGCCACAUCCAAGGAAAGGCUACAAGAUCAGGCAUUUAUCAUUGUUCUAUUUCGUGCCAACGACGAGGCCUUGAAUCGUGAUCUGGCGAAAAAGAUCAACGAGACUUCGCAGAUGUUUGUCUCUGGUUCUAGCUGGCAGGGGGUUCCUGCCUGUCGAAUUGCAAUUUCCAACUGGCGUGUGGAUGAAGACAGGGACUUUGCAUUGGUGACUGGAGUCCUGGCCAAGGUAUCACAAUGUUGA